CUGCGGCAGCUAGGGUUCUGGGCCCGGCGAGAGCGGAGCCCGAGUCUCGGCCCCUGAAGAGAUACCUCUCCGCAGACUAGUGGGAUCCCGAAACUUGAACGCAAUCCCCGGUCCCCUUUUUAUACCUUCCUUUGUCACUUCCCCACUUUUCUUCCAACGCGUUCUUUUUUUUUUCUUCUUCAUUCUCCCUCCCCCGAAGGACACAAAAGUGGCUUCCGUGGAAAUAUUUGGAGGCGGUGGGAGCUUUUCUUGUUGGAGAGCGACUGUGUAGAAGGGAUUUUUGGGAAGCCACUUUUCACACUCUGUCCUCCGUCCCCGAAAGCCUCUGUACCCCUUUGAGAAGAGAAGCCCAUAGCUUGAAAGUUCGAGGGGGCAUUUUGCUGGCUGCUGUAGGAGGAGAGGGGGAGGACUCCAUCCUCAUCCUGGUAGUUGCCUGGACUUGUUACCGGUAGUUGGAAACCCUGAAGUACAUUUCCGAGUGGGACUUUUACAGAUAUAUAUUUUGAAAUUUUUAAAAUAUCAGAUAAAAAAAUAUAUAUGCUCUCUCUGUAUUUCUUGACGACCUGCCCCUGACAGCGCGAUGUACAAUACGGUGUGGAGUAUGGACCGCGAUGACGCAGACUGGAGGGAGGUGAUGAUGCCCUAUUCGACAGAACUGAUAUUUUAUAUUGAAAUGGAUCCUCCAGCUCUUCCACCAAAGCCACCUAAGCCAAUGACUUCAGCAGUUGCAAAUGGAAUGAAGGACAGUUCUGCUUCUUCUCUUCAGGAUGCAGAAUGGUACUGGGGGGAUAUUUCAAGGGAGGAAGUAAAUGACAAAUUACGGGACAUGCCAGAUGGUACCUUCUUGGUCCGAGAUGCCUCAACAAAAAUGCAAGGAGAUUAUACUUUGACUUUGCGGAAGGGAGGCAAUAAUAAGUUAAUAAAGAUCUAUCAUCGGGAUGGUAAAUACGGCUUUUCUGAUCCUCUGACAUUUAAUUCUGUGGUGGAGCUCAUUAACCACUAUCAUCAUGAAUCUCUUGCUCAAUACAAUCCCAAACUUGAUGUGAAGCUGAUGUACCCAGUGUCCAGAUACCAACAGGAUCAGUUGGUAAAAGAAGAUAACAUUGAUGCAGUAGGUAAAAAACUGCAAGAGUACCACUCUCAGUAUCAGGAAAAGAGUAAAGAGUAUGACAGGCUAUAUGAGGAAUAUACCAGGACAUCCCAGGAAAUACAGAUGAAGAGGACUGCAAUUGAAGCUUUUAAUGAAACAAUUAAAAUAUUUGAGGAACAGUGUCACACACAAGAACAACAUAGCAAAGAAUAUAUUGAGCGAUUUCGCAGAGAGGGGAAUGAAAAGGAGAUUGAACGAAUUAUGAUGAAUUAUGACAAAUUGAAAUCACGUCUGGGUGAGAUACAUGAUAGCAAAAUGCGUCUAGAGCAGGAUUUGAAGAAACAAGCUUUGGACAACCGGGAAAUAGAUAAAAAAAUGAAUAGUAUCAAACCUGACCUGAUCCAGCUGCGCAAGAUCCGAGAUCAGCACCUUGUAUGGCUCAAUCACAAAGGAGUGAGACAGAAGCGUCUGAAUGCCUGGCUGGGAAUCAAGAAUGAGGAUGCCGAUGAGACCUAUUUUAUGAAUGAGGAAGAUGAAAACUUGCCCCAUUAUGAUGAGAAAACCUGGUUUGUUGAGGAUAUCAAUCGAGUACAAGCAGAAGACCUGCUUUAUGGAAAACCUGAUGGAGCAUUCUUAAUUCGAGAGAGUAGCAAGAAAGGAUGCUAUGCUUGCUCUGUGGUUGCCGAUGGGGAAGUGAAGCACUGUGUGAUCUACAGCACUGCUCGGGGCUAUGGCUUUGCAGAGCCCUACAACCUGUACAGCUCACUGAAGGAGCUGGUGCUCCAUUACCAGCAGACAUCCCUUGUUCAGCACAACGACUCCCUCAACGUCAGGCUUGCCUACCCUGUCCAUGCACAGAUGCCCUCGCUCUGCAGAUAAAGAGGGGAUGGGAAGA